ACCUCCUAAGGUCCUAUAGCAAAACCAUAGAGUUUCAACCUAUUCACGUGACCCGCAGGUCCUGCUACUCUCCGAACAGAUAAGCAGCAACAUACCAUCUUCUGAGAAGCAUUUGUGAUUUCUCUUCAUACUUACCUUCUUCUCCUGGAGUGUAUCAGAGAGCUUCAACCUAUUACCAUAUUGCUGACUACUCCACCAAUAACAAAAGAGCUGCAAGAUGGCCCAAGACAUGACAGAGAAAGACCUUCUAAGGAUGGAGGUGGAGCAGUUACGGAAGGAAAUCAAAACAGAAAGGGUGUUGGUCUCUAAGUCAGCCCAGGAAAUGAAGGCCUUUGUGGAAUCUCUAGCAACAGAAGAUCCCUUGAUUAAAGGAGUUCCAGAAGAUAAAAACCCCUUUAAAGAGAAGGGUGGCUGUUCUGUGUCCUGACGUUCACACUGAGCC